UGACGACGGGUGAUGUAAAAAAUAUAUACUCAGCUAUAGUGUAACGGUUAAAGGAACUGGACAUACUGCAAUUAAUGUCGAACCCGCCUUUUCAGUGAAUCUGUGCGUAUGUUUGUACGCUUAUGUGCGGAUAUGUAUACGUGGGUGUGGGAACGUCCUACAAUCUCUUUCAAAGGAGGAUCGAGCAUGGUCAUUCUGUGUUUCACUUUGUAUGCAAGCACUUGGCGGAAUGAGAAUGGUGUCGAUUGAGCAGUUCGGUGAAGGAAUCGGUCAGAUGAUUCUUAGUGGACAUCUAGGCAGACAGUUCGAUCGAGUGAGCCGCAAAUUCGCUAUUCUGACAGUCGUUCCUGUGAACAACAUCAGUAUCACACUUGGUGCUAGCGCAUUCAUCGUGUGUAUGUCGGUACAGCCUUAUUCUGUCUGGUUCACAUCGUUCCUUAUUCUUGGUAUUGCUGCCUGUGCAGUUAAUCGACUGUUUCUUAACGCUGAAAAAUCUCUUCUCUCCAGAGACUGGCUAGUGGUGAUAAGCAGUGGGGGAACACUUUCAAGCUUGAACGCCGCAUUCACAGCUCUGGAUCAGCUGACGAAUGUGAUCUCACCAAUUAUAGUAGGGGUAUGGAUAAUGUUUUAUAUGAAAUUGCUCUUUCAUCGAUUUACUAUCAUGAUCUCAAGCCCGAUUUGGAGAAAGAUGGUAGCUGUCGUUACUAGUACAUCACACGUUCUGCAAACCUACGGACGACAGUCGGUGGUCGCGGCCGCAUUUGGUAUGGCUCUGCUCUUCAUGACUGCAAUGGGAUUUGAUGGAGUGAGGAAUAAUGAUGCUUUUCUUCAUCCCAUGGGAAUUCUAGGUGCCCUGUCGUAUGCACUUUUCGAACGGCGCUUCGGUGUACGAAAGACCGGUUUGCUUGGACUUACAUGUCAACAAUUUUGCUUAAUCGCAGCUGUUAUUUCUAUAUGGCUACCGGGGUCGCCGUUUGAUCCAAAGGAAUAUUUCUACAAUGAAACAAUGAAGGUAGGACAUGUGUGUUCACGCAUUGAACUUCGGUUAUGGAUGGCAGAUCUGUCAAUUAUUCAUAUUAUGCAAGAAAGUGUACCUGAGUCCGAUCGAAAUACAGUUUUUGGUGUGCAUAACGCUUUGUGUCAAACUUUCUCUAUCCUAAAGGUGCAAUUUUUACUCCUUCACUCCUCAUAA